AUGAAUGCCCAAAACUCCAUGUCUAUGGACUACGGCAGUCAUGUCGCCCAAAGACAAGCUACGGACGCUGACUAUUACCGCAAGGCCAUCCGCCGGAAGCUGGAGAAUGACCUCUCCAAGAAGAAGGGCAUCACGAGCCGAGCACGACACUCACGUAAAGCCCCUCCGGGUACUGUCCUCGCCCUGAAGCCGAGUCCCGCCCUGCAAAUAAAGCCUGCUACGACGGUGGCCGAGGCUGCUCAGCUUAUGGCCGCCAAGAGAGAAGACUGCGUACUGGUUACGGAUGAAGAUGACAGGAUCGCCGGUAUCUUCACCGCCAAAGAUCUGGCCUUCCGUGUUGUCGGCGCUGGCCUGAAGUCCAACAAUGUCACCAUUGCCGAGAUCAUGACCAAGAACCCGCUAUGCGCCAGGACCGACACCAGCGCGACUGAUGCAUUAGAUCUCAUGGUGCGGAAGGGUUUCCGACAUCUACCCGUCAUGGACGAGAACCAGGAUAUUUCGGGUAUUCUCGAUAUUACAAAGUGCUUCUACGAUGCCAUGGAGAAGUUGGAACGCGCGUAUGCGUCCUCAACGAAGCUCUACGCUGCUUUGGAGGGUGUGCAGUCCGAGCUCGGCGCGAGCCAACCUCAACAGAUCAUCCAGUACGUCGAGGCCCUUCGCUCCAAGAUGUCGGGCCCAACUCUGGAAUCUGUCCUGAACGGCAUGCCGCCAACGACCGUCAGCGUCAGAACCUCGGUAAAAGAGGCAGCCAUGCUGAUGAAGGAGAACCACACCACUGCUGUACUGGUUCAGGACCAAGGGCAGAUUACUGGUAUCUUUACGAGCAAGGAUGUUGUUCUGCGAGUCAUCGCUCCAGGCUUGGAUCCCUCAACCUGCAGUGUCGUACGUGUAAUGACACCCCACCCCGACUUUGCGCCGAUGGACAUGAGCAUCCAGGCCGCUCUCCGAAAGAUGCAUGAUGGUCACUACCUCAAUCUGCCGGUAAUGAACGGCGAGGGUGAAAUUGUUGGCAUGGUUGACGUUCUCAAACUCACCUACGCGACCCUGGAGCAAGUCAACACCAUGAGCUCGGGCGACAGUGAAGGCCCAGCUUGGAACAAGUUCUGGCUUUCGCUCGACAAUGAGACCGAAUCCAUGAUGUCCGGUGAAGGUAGCCACCAUCACGGCACCAUGGCAUCCCGCUCGAUGAUGUCCCCCGAUGUCAACAGAGAGCGCAUCAAUGACUCGGUUGCCCCAGGCGAUAGUGCUUCUCACAUGGGUAUCGACUCCCCUCCACAGUCGGUCGUGGCUGAGCAACCCCCUGCGGAUAUACCAUUCGCAUUCAAGUUCAAGGCACCCAGUGGCCGAGUGCACCGCCUGCAGGUCGUUGCCAGCCAGGGAAUCGCGCAGUUUGUCGCGACUGUAGCAUCCAAGCUUGGGAACGAAUUAGAGGCAGCCGGUGGUGCACCUACUGUAGAAGACGGCAAGCUCAGCUACAGUGGAUUCGCCAUGAGCUACCUGGACGACGAAGGCGACACCGUCAGUAUCACCACGGAUCAGGAUCUGCUGGAGGCCAUCCUUCUGGCGCGUCAGAACCACCAAGAGAAGGUUGACCUCUUUGUGCACGACCCGGAGAAGCCCCCCGUGGCAGUGGCUGCGCCGCAACCUGAUCUACCAGUCCACACACACACACCGCCAGCAAGCUCUGCUCCCUCGGAUGUUCGCCGAAGACGGGCUGCUGUGGAUGACGAAGAGGCAGACGAGAGCGAGGAGGAGGACUUCUCGACGGUUAGGCGCCGGAAGAAGAGCAGCGCCUCGAAGACGGAAGCCGAGCAAGUCAUUGCGGGUGUGCCUAACGAGUUGUUGCUUCCCGGUGCCAUCUGCGCGUUGGCUGUUGUUAUUGUGGGAGUCUUCGCGAUCGGUAGGGCGUCAUCGAGUCGAUGA